AUGUCGGCCCCAGCGGAAAAAGAGAAGGCGAAGACGCACAAGCUGUCAUUAAAGGGAUCAUCGAAACUGGUCGCGGAAUUCUUCAAUUACUCCAUAAACACCAUUCUCUUUCAAAGAGGCGUCUACCCCGCCGAAGACUUCAACCCAGUCAAAAAGUAUGGUCUCACGAUGCUCGUAUCUUCCGACGACCAGGUCAAAGCCUACAUUAAGAAGAUCAUGUCCCAGCUCGACAAAUGGAUGAUCGGCGGCAAGAUCUCCAAGCUGGUCGUGGUCAUCACCAGCAAGGACACCGGCGAGCACGUAGAGCGGUGGCAGUUUGACGUUGAGAUCCUCAAAAAAUCCUCCUCCUCCAAAAAACCUUCCUCUUCCACCUCUAAAGCCGCAUCUACCGACAAAGAAAACGCCGGUCCCUCAACCUCCUCCUCCUCAUCAUCCACUACCCCCACAGCAGCGCCCACAGAGGCCGAGAUCCAGGCCUCGAUCCAGGCCAUCUUCCGACAGAUCACCGCAUCCGUCACCUUCCUGCCGCAGCUGGACGGCGAGUGCACGUUCAACGUUUUGGUGUACGCGGAUGCCGACAGCGAGGUGCCGAUGGAAUGGGGCGACAGCGACGCGAAGGAGGUGCCGGGCGGCGAGAAGGUGCAGCUGCGGAGCUUCAGCACGAGCAACCACCGCGUCGAGACGAUGGUCAGCUACAAGGUUCGGAAUGAUGACAUGUAA